GAGAGAGAGAGCUGGCUUGCUGGCUGCUCUCCUCCGUUGAGGCAGACGAGUGCAUCUCAUCUCAUCUCAUCUCCUCUCCCCGCGCCCUCCCCUAAGACUCGGCAGAGCUUCACUGCCAUCGAGUCCACGCCCACCUCCCCUCCCUUCAAACCCUAGUUAGUGGAGCCACGCCGCGGGAAGCCUCGGAUCUCGCUGCUCCUCACCGCCCCUCGCCACAGAUUUGCUCCGCUCCGCUCCACCCCCUCUUCUCUCCCGAAUCCCGCCGCUUGUGCUUGGAAUUCAGCUGCUCCGCCCCUCCAUCCCACCCAAUUCUGCUGCCUGCCACCCGGAUUUCAGGCACCCCUUGGAUCUGCUGCUGACGUUGCCCCUUCUGCUGCCACCCUCCAAACGCUCCCCGUUGCCGUCCCUAGCUCUUACAUCUUCGGCGAGGACAUGACCGGGGGAGGGAACGCGGACCAGAUGCUGGGGUUCAAGGAGGACGACGCCAUGAGGUUCAUCUUCGGAGAGGACAUCACGGGAAUGGAGGAUGACAGCACCUUCGACAGAUCGCUCAUGGAGCUUCAAGUAUUCAAGGAGGUCUUCUGUGAGGCCCAUCUGCCCGGCGAAAUGGACCUCGGAUUCAUGGACAACACCAGGCAGCUCAAGGUGGCGGAGACGUCCAUGUUUUCCUCUGCUCGCUUCGAUGCACCACAGCAGCCUGCUGGUAUCCCUGCUGCGCCACAGCCUCAAGUGGACCUCAGCAUGGAUCAAGAGCACACGCAUUGUCAUAGUCAGCCAAAUGGGCCUCAUCAGAUGGACCCCAAGGUGGAUCUCCAGGUCGAGGAGCAUGCACAUUCUCAUGCUGCACAAAAUGGGGCAUCUGCCCAGCUGGAUGCUGCGAUGCAGGGAUUCAUUGGUUACUGGCAGGCUUGUGCUAAGUGUGCAACCGAUCUGGUCGGGCUCUGUGACCACCAACAGCAAUUUUUCAGUCCAGAUCUUGUUGACAACAUUUUGGACGUGCACACGCAAGAAGCACCUCAAGACGUCAGAGCUGGAAUGUGCAACACGGUUGUGUUGGGUGGCAGCAGCAGCACUAGCGCCGUUGAUGAUCCCAUGCCUUCCUACAUAGAAGCACUAGCGGGGAUUUCAGAAUUCCAAAGUGGCACUCUUUCUGAUCCCUUUCUGCAUCAAUGGCUCAGCGAUCAGCAGCAAUUCCCGAGUAACACGUGCUUAACUUAUGACCAAGGGCAGAUGGUUGACGCUACCCAUCUCCUAUGUACAAGUACAGCGGAUAUAUCUCAUAGAGGAGUAGAACAAUACCCACUUUAUAGCAAAGCAGCUCAUGAUACUGCAACGGUACCUCAGCAAGCCCAAUAUUGGUUCAGCCCUGGUCAGUUUGCCGAACUUGAGGCCAUUUGCCAGAAUGGUACGCCUGGCGCAAACAUUAGUUCGAUGGAUGAUGUUGAAGUUCAUGGAUGCAGCAACCAACACUCCGGCUCGGCAGCUGUCGUUUCCAAGAAGACAUUAGGCAGGGAUCUUCCUGACCAGCUGGAAGCACACGCACAUCGCCUUUUCAAGGAUGCUGGAUGGACUAUCAAGCCACGAAAAAGGAAUGACAGGGCUAAGAUGGCAUCCUAUUUCACAGCACCAAACAGGGAAGCGGUUCAUACCUCACUAACUCAGGCUUGGAAAUUUUGUGGCAAGAAAUUGUAUGAAGCUUCCGCAGAUUCAGAAAGGGGAAGGUAUCCAAAGGAGUGGUCAGAUGUUGAUGCAUUUUGGAAGGACCUAACAGAUACAAUGGCCUACAUUGAUAAGAUGCUUGUGAACCAGCAAAAUGCACUCACGCUGCUUCAGCGCUGGGAGAUUUUGGACCCUUUCAUAGCUGUUGUGUUCAUCAGUAGGAAAAUCACCGCUCUGCAGCAACGUAAAACUCUUAGAGCUGUCGACAGUUCAACCUUUGUUCUUGAUGACAUCACGGAUCUGUCAUCAGAAAGUAAGAGCAUGCACAAAGCCGGUGAUCUGUUGGCCAGCCGAAUGAUUCAAUCUACUCCAGUGAUCACAGACUCUGACUGCAGCACACUAGCAACUGAGAGCUACCAUGGGCAGCAGGCUUUACAGAGCUGCCAUGAUGCGGAAGACAUCAACAAUAGGGAUAUGAACUCAAAGCUUUGCUGCACCAAGAGUCUGAAUUGUGACGCAAGUGACCAAACAGAAAAUCAAGUUUAUGAAGGUGAUGAUACAAGGCAAAUUUAUGCUCAAGCAAAGGUUGUCGAUAGUUCUGUAAAGAUGGUAAGGAAGAAGUCCAAAAGGAUAUUUGAUAUUGAUGCAAAUGGACUAGAGGGGCUGUGUUCUCAAAGCUUUGUGCAACCUUCUACGGGAAAUGUGUUUGACCAUGAGGCCUAUGUAGCAACCGCGGACAUGUCUGACGCAGCAAACAUUAAUAACUCUGAAGAACAUGGUAUGUGCUCAGGUGUUGGCACACUGAAAAGUUAUUUGAAAGCUGAAUGGAAAUCAGAAAAGCUAGAUGGAAAUGACCAAAGCAACAACUGUGACAUGUUUGUGCAUUCAGAGUGCAAGCAACUGAGUACAUUACAGAGUGAGAGGAGGAUUGAAGAACUUAGAGAAUGCACUGUGUUCUCAGAAACCCACUGUACUGGAAGGGAGUCAGAUGCCACCGUGUCCUGCCCUACUGACAAGGUCCAAGAAAAGUUGCUGUCAUCCCAUGGACAAUUCUCAAAGGGUAUACAAAAUGGUCCAACAUACAAUAUUGUUCCUGUUGAAUCAUCCCAUGAAUGCAAUGCUGCUGUUCUGGAAACUGAUCAAACCUGUGAGUCACAAACCUGCAAGACAGUCACUGCUAAAAGGAAACUUAAAGGUUGGGAGAAAUAUGUGAAGAAAAGACCCCGUGAGCUGCGGAUCAAUGAUGACGACCUUUUGAUCACAGCUAUAGUGAAAAACAAGGAUCUUGUCUCCUGCCAUAAAUUUGUUGCGGGCUUUUCAGAUGCAAAGAAGUUCAAGAAGCUUAAAUGCCAAAAGAGAGGUAACAAGCUACUUUUAAGAACAACUGGAAAAGCAGGCACAAACCUAUUGGGUGGGAAGAGAAUAAGUUUGGCCCGAAAAACUGUUAUCUGCUGGUUGAUUGCCACUGGCUUUCUUACUGUAAAAGAUGUUAUACAGUACCGUGAUCCGAAGAGCAAUAAAGUUGUAAAGGAUGGGCGGCUUACCUGGGAAGGCAUUAUUUGCAAUUGCUGCACAAAAACCUUAUCUGUAUCUGACUUCAAGGCUCAUGCUGGUUGCAGUCUGCCAAAGUCAUCCUUGGGCCUCUUUCUACAGUCCGGAAAGUCAUACACUUUGUGCCAGGUUGAGGCUUGGUCUGCUGAAUUUAUGAGCAGGAGAAGCAAUUCAUGUGGUAGAAAAGUUGAGGCAAUAGAUGAAAAUGAUGAUACCUGUGGUUUCUGUGGAGAUGGUGGUGAAUUACUUUGCUGUGACAAUUGCCCAUCAACAUAUCAUCAAGCUUGCUUGUCUGCUAAGGAGCUUCCAGAAGGUAGUUGGUACUGCCAUAACUGCACUUGUCAGAUCUGUGGGGGAUCCAUUAGCGAAAAGGAGGUUUCAACAUUCUCGGCUAUCUUCAAAUGUUUACAGUGCGGAGAUGCAUACCAUGACACUUGCGUUGAGCAAGAGAAGCUAACUUUUGAGGGCAAAAGAUCGGACACAUGGUUUUGUGGGGGAGAUUGUAAGGAGAUAUUCAUAGGACUGCACAAUCAUGUGGGAAUAGAUAAUAUCCUCGACAAUGGGCUUUCAUGGUCCAUAUUGAGGUGCAACAGUGAUGGGCAGAAGUUACAUUCUCUUCGGAGGAUUGCCCGUUUGACAGAGUGUAAUACGAAACUAGCAGUGGCUCUUACUCUAUUGGAGGAAUGUUUCAUUCGUAUGGUGGAUCCUAGAACUGGUGUGGACAUGAUACCUCAUGUUUUGUACAAUAAGGGAUCAAACUUUACUCGCUUAGAUUAUCAGGGAUUCUAUACCUUAACCCUGGAGAAAGGUGAUGAGAUUUUAUGUGUAGCUUCUAUCAGGAUACAUGGAACCAAAGCAGCCGAGCUGCCUUUUAUUGCUACUUCUGUAGACUGUCGACGUCAAGGGAUGUGCCGAAGACUAAUGAACAUCAUUGAAAAGAUGCUGAGAUCAUUUCAUGUUAAGAUGUUGGUCCUUUCUGCCAUCCCAGAGUUGGUUACUACAUGGGUGUCAGGAUUCGGUUUCAAACCUAUUGAAGACGAUGAAAGGAAACAACUCCAUAAUGUAAACUUGAUGUUGUUUCCUGGAACGUCCUUACUAACAAAGAGAUUGGAUGUAAUUAUGGCUACAAAACCAGGUGAGGAAAAGGAUGUAAAUGAUGUUUCUGGAUCACCUAAUGCUAAGUUUAUGCCUAAUGGGAAAGCAAGCGAGCAUCUUGAACUCCAAGACCUUGACUUGUCCGGGACAGAGUUUAAAGCUGAGGUUUCAGUGAGUGGUCCAUUCAGAACACUGAAACAUGAAUGUGGUUCGGCAGCAUGGUUUCAGUCUACUAAGUUAGCUGUUGGGGAAGUGUGAUAUUCUUACGUGUUAAAUUUCUGGUCUGUUGCACUCCAUUGCUACCUGUUGCUUUGUGUUGGCCAAUCUUGUCUUCCCAUUUACUGCUCAACUCAAUUUGUAACUGCAAAAUUGUACAGAAGCUCACUGAUGUGUGCAGACAACUCUUCCCAGUUCUCAUCAGAUUAUUGGGAAAUGGAUAUCCAAGAAUUUUUAUUGAAUUGGAGAGAAGACAAUUAAGCUAAAAGUCCAACAAACCACAGUAUGCCCUAGUAUGUUAUGCGUCAAGAAAUUGAAAGUUACAGAUGCCAUGCGAAACUCUAUUUUGUCUUUCCCGUGUGAAGUGCUCUCCUGAGAUAGGGAAAUAUUUGAACACAAUGGAGCUGAUAAUGUAUGAAGGCGAAUACAUUCAACCCUUUUGUAAGUUGUUCAUGAUAGGAGGUUAUCUAAGCUGGUUGCUAGGCAUAAAAGGGGUACUGCAGAAACAUGGCAAACAUUUUGAUUCGAGAUAUAUGGACGAUAGCAUCUAGCAAGCCAUUUAUGCUGUUUGAGGCAUGGGAAAAAGAGUACAGCAUGGGGCAGACUGCCAGACUGGAAAUUACAUGAGUGCCAUACUCUUUUCUUGGUGAUUCUGCAGAACAGAUAAACCGAUGCAAUCCUGUCUGGAUGCGAGUACUGAUGAGAUGAUGUGAAGACUGAUGGGACUUUCUGCGGCAAAGCUGUCGAGCUGAGUCUAUUCAUGAGAUGCGAACAAUGGUGCCCUGUGGAUGGCGGUAGCAGUCUUGUUAUGAUCCAUUCGAAUCCUCUUGGGUGCAUAUUUGGUGUGAUACAAACCUCAACAGCAGCCGCCAGCAGCUCUUGCAGCAGGGGUGUGAUACAAACUCUUCUAGGCAGUUACUGUAAGAACCGAUCGAGUUCCAAAUUAUGCAAAAGUUUGACAGCAA